CCUCGUUCUAACCUCUCUUGGGGUGUCUCCACCCCAAUCAGUGCGGCCCACCUGUCUUUAUUAGCGGCUGUCCGGGCGGUAUGUCGUCUCUCUCUGUUCCAGGCCUCCGCCGACACCCGUGUUUAAGUAGCUGCAGCGGCCCGGCACGGGAACUCUGUCUCCGGCUGUAAUCAUGGCCAAGACCGGUUUCUCCGACUCCAAGCCUCUGCUGGACUUACACAAGAAGGCGGAUGAGAGGCGAGCCCCGUUAAGAACUUGGGCUAAUGCCUGUGGGCCUAUAGAUCGCUGGCAGCCUGUGGAAGUGGACGAGUCCAGGAUGGCCCCUGUCAAAGUGGAGCCAGAACGCAGAUGGGAAAGGCGCCUAUCAAUGCAGACCAGCGAAGGCAUCAUCAUGGGGUUCCAUGAAGACAGCCGGACACACCCAGCUGAUGUAGAUGGGUGUGUGGAGGAGCCUGUGCUCCUUUACCCUCACGGGCUGCAGGGUCUUCACAGCCUGCAGGCGCUGGUGCCCAGCUUGCUGCGCCGUGAAGUAGAGAUAGCUCUGGAGAAACUGGGCCUCAUAUGGGACCGGACAUAUGCCUGGGACAUGUUCUUGGACAUGAUGAGAUCUCAGACAUGGAAUUCUUUUCCCAGCGCUGACCUGCCCCAGCAUUUCACAGAUGCCACUCGAGCUGUCCUGGUAGACUGGCUCAUUCAAGUUCACGAGAUGAUGCAUUUCCAGGAAGAGACCCUCUAUCUGGCCAUACACCUCCUCAACUGCUCCUUGCGUCUGAUCAAGGUGACCACUGCCAAUCUGCAGCUCCUCGGCAUGGUUUGCCUCUUCCUUGCCGCAAAGAAAGAGGAGUGUCUCCUCCCUGAGGUGUCUGGACUCUGCUACUUGAUGGACCACACCUACACUAAGCAUCAGCUGCUGCGAAUGGAGCGCAAAGUCCUGUGUGGGCUGAAGUUUGAUCUGUCCUACUGUCCCCCUCUUCAUUUCCUUCUCCUUUUUGCCUCCAUUGCUCGCUGCAGUGCUAAGAUGGUGUGGAUGGCUCGAUAUCUGCUGGAGCUGUCUCUCCUGGAGGCCCAGUGUGCGGUGUUUCUGCCGGUGCAGCUGGCAGGAGCGGCCCUCUGCUUGUCCCGCCAAGUCCUGCAGGAGCCCCCGACACCGGAGGGGGAGGCUGCCUGGUGUCUGGCCUCCAGCAUCCAUGUCGGCAGUGAGACUGCCCUGCUGAGGAUCAUGCACAUUCUGGCCAAUGCAGCCACCAAGGCCAACACCCGAGAGACCUGUGCUACUUUUAUUAAAUUCUCCUCCCCAGAGACCAUGCAUGUCAGCAGACACCCAGGUCUAAAGAACGCCUCUGCCCUGCUGGGCAUAUGCACUUGAUGCACCUAACUCACAGGAACUUCAUUAUAUCCCAAAACGUCAAGGUAGAAAUACUAGACUGGUAUAACUUGACCACUUGACUCCUGUGUGAUCCAAGCUCCUCUGGAUCCUGAGGAAUUACCAUGGAAAUGGGCGAGGAAGAAGUGUGAAAGAUUUGUUGCCAAACAUUGUUUGACGAAGAAUUCCAUGCACAUAGCAUGCAUGUGAUUUAGCCAAACCUAGAGGCACACCCGUUUUAUGAUCUUAUCUUGCAGCCGAUUUAGAAAAUAUUUGAACUGUACUGAUGUGUCCUUGUCUUGUCAUUUGUGGAGAGGAUGUGGGCUGUCGAUC